GGAGGAAGCCGGAAGUACAUCUGUCCGGGUCGGUCUGGGCGUUGCGGAAUUGGGGCCUGGGAUCGCUCAGCCCCGGGCAACUGAGAAGCCCGUGACGGGGCGGAGCGGCGCCAUCCCGGCCCUGAGGCCUGCUGAGUGGUGAGGAGCAGGGGCGGAGUUUGAGGGUCUUUUUUGCCGCAGGUCGCACCCCAGAGUACGGGUCUUAGAUCUUUGGUCCCGGAUCCCUGCGGCCCAGCCUGGUCCUCCGCCCUUCGUCACCCUCUGGCCAAGACUCCAGGUUCAGGCAGGCGACCCGCAGCGACCGUACAGUGACGGCGGGCGGCCCGGGACAUGUACGCCCCUGGAGGCGCAGGGCUGCCCGGCGGGCGCCGGCGGAGGAGCCCCGGAGGCAGCGCUCUGCCCAAGCAGCCCGAGCGUAGCCUGGCCUCGGCCCUGCCCGGGGCCCUGUCCAUCACGGCGCUAUGCACUGCCCUCGCCGAGCCCGCCUGGUUACACCUACACGGAGGCACCUGUUCCCGCCAGGAGCUGGGGGUCUCCGACGUGCUGGGCUACGUGCACCCGGACCUGCUGAAAGAUUUCUGCAUGAACCCCCAGACAGUGCUGCUCCUGCGGGUCAUUGCUGCCUUCUGCUUCCUGGGCAUCCUGUGUAGCCUCUCCGCAUUCCUCCUGGAUGUCUUCGGGCCCAAGCACCCAGCCCUGAAGAUCACUCGCCGCUAUGCCUUCGCCCACAUCCUGACCGUCCUGCAAUGUGCCACGGUCAUCGGCUUCUCUUACUGGGCUUCUGAACUCAUCUUGGCCCUGCAGCAGCAGCAUAAGAAGUACCAUGGCUCCCAGAGGAGGAAGAGCAGGCACUGGAGCUACUGUCCGAGAUGGAGGAGAACGAGCCCUACCCAGCUGAAUACGAGGUCAUCAACCAGUUCCAGCCGCCCCCUGCCUACACGCCCUAGUGGAAGCCAGGGCUUCCUUGGGCGGCCCCCUCCCACCCAGGGGAGCGGCUCCCCCUGCAGUCCUCACCCUCCGGUAGGACCCAAUCACCUUCAUCAAACCCUCCCCAGGAGAGACUCUGCCUUAGGGUUGUCCCCAGUCCCUGCUCCUUUCUAGAAGCUGGGACUCAGAUUUGACAUAAAGCCCCUGCCUGCCACCCUCUGCUCCCUUCCUGCCCAUGAGUCACUACCAACCAGGGAUGGGCCAUAUCUUUGGGACCAGGACUUUGCGUGGGGAGCUGCUGAGUGUGGACAGUCCCAGAAAGAAGUGUCAGCAGUCGGUCGGUGUGUGUCUCACAGCUGUGGCCCUGCGCCCACCCCGCCUUCCCUCUGUGAGUGCCGCAGUCCCAGGCUGCCGGCUCCAGGGAUUCUCUGCACUUUAAUCUUGGCCUUCUCCCCACGAGUGUUCUAGUUUAGUGGGGAGCAGAGCAGUUGCUCGCCCCGCCCUGCCCUGGCUUCAGGUGGAUGGUGCUGGGCAAGGAGAGCGAAGCUGGGCAGGAGACCAAGGCCUCCUGGUGCCUACAUUGGACCAGCGUGAAGGGGACUCAGUCUCCCAGCCCCUUCGCCUUUUAAAAUGUGAGCAGUUUUAAAAGGAAAAACAAAACCAAGCAAUGGCAAGCAUAUUCUGUUUUUAAAAUAGGUUGUUGUUUUUCAGAAGUGCGUCCCGUCCCUUGGGCUCUGCAAUAUUUGGGACCACAGUUCCUCCUGAGCCCGUGGUCCCCUCCCCCAGGUCCCCCAUGCAGAACUCAGCCUCUCUCCCUACAGCUGUCUUUCCCCAGCUCCCCUGGCCCCUGUGGCUCCCCAGGGCCUCCCUGUGGAACCAGAGCCAUGUGGUCCCCAGCGGCUGAGGACUGUGGCCUGGCUGGCCGGCCAGUGUGGUGCUCCUCAGACUGCAGCUCUGAGACGUAGCCUGCCUCAGCUCAGGAUCGGGGGCCACAGCAGGGCAGGACCCUCCUCAUCUACAGGAACUGCAGCCCACGGAGCCCCCGUGUGUCAGGGUCACACUACAGGCCCAGUGGUCCCUUGACUUCACCUGGGGGCCACAGCCUGCUGCAUGCCUCUGUCCCCUCUCAAAUGUCCUCUGGCCAGGCGUGUGCUCCUGGUUCCUUCCCGCCUGCCUGUCACUCUGGUUACCCCAUCUGCUCUGGGUCUGGCUGAAUUUUCUGGCCCAAGACCUGGGGCAUAAAGUAAGCAAAACUCAAGAGAUCUUCUGUGGAUCCAGAUGGCCAAAUUGUCCUCGUCCAGUUCCUGGCCUGUCUGGAAUCUGUCCAGUGUCAAGCUAAGGAGGAGGCCUCUUCCUGUGUCUCCCACCUGCAAGGGGGUAGGCGGUUUCUGCAGGAACGGAGAAUGGCCGUCACCACUGCACUGUGGCUGGAAGGGGACUGGGGUGUCCCCAUCCGCCUUGGGCUGGGUUGACCCAGGACAUCUGUCCAGAUGCCUGUGUGGAGACCAUGUCGGCACAUGAGCAAGUGGCUGCUGGAGUUCACCGCUUGAUGCCAAAGUGCGCCCUGACGUGACCCCCACUCUUCCAGACCCUUGUCCUAGGCAGGAAAGGCUGCCGGAUGGUAUCUGAGCACAAAGCCAAGGAGCCGAACUAUAUCUUUCUGUGAAGUCUCGAGUCCGUCAUUGGCAUCCGGAUGUCUGAGCAGGCACCCAGCAAGCAUGCCAAAGGGAGCGGUCACUCACCAGGGCCCGCACACACCCCUGGGACCGUGCCAUGUGAUUCGGAACCCUCUUUUUACUAGGUCCCCACGCCUCCUGCCUUUCUUCCUCUCUCCCCCUGCCAUCCUGACACCCAUAGUUUGUCAUAUAAACCCCCUUGGUUGCGUUUUUCUUUUCUAGGAACAAAAAAUUAAAAAGUAAAACAAUGAAAAACUUGAAACUACAAAUAAGAA